GCGUGACGCCCCAAACGGAACCCGCUCGCGUAAGCAGCAGGAAGGCAGAGGGCGGGCUUUCUUUCGAAUUUGUGUAGCGGCUCCCCUGGCGGUUGGCCCGUUCGAGAGCGGGGGAGCUCUGCCACUGGUCUAGCGGCGGAGGCUGCGCGCCGCGAUUGGGCAGAGCCCGCGAGGGGGCGGGGCCGGUUAAAGAGCCGCCCGGCGCGGCGGAGGCGGGAGCUGCGAUUUGGGGCGAGCAUGAGCGGGCGCGGCGGCGUCCCGGUAACGGCGGCAGGUAUAGCUUAGUGUUAUGGGUGAUACAAAAGAAGCUAAAAUGCAGAUAACACCAGAAACUCCAGGACGAGUCACAGUCCUCAAUCCUUUUGAAAGUCCCAGUGAUUAUUAUACUCUUCAGGAGCAGAUUGUCUCCAGUCCUUCAGUCUUUAAAUCAACAAAAUCCUCAUCUACACCAGGAAAAUUUAGAUGGUCUAUUGAUCAGCUUGCUCUAAUAAAUCCUGUGGAAAUUGACUCGGAAGAUGUUCGACGCCAAGCAAUGUAUUUGAGUCAUGCUAGAAUUGAUAAGGAGACGGAAGACAGAAGGCAAAAAGCUAUUGAGGAGUUUUUCACAAAAAGUCUCAUAGUUCCUUCUCCUUGGACUGAACAUGAAGGCAAGCAAGUUUCUCAGUUUAAUUCAACUAAAUCCAUAGAUCUAAAUUACAUUUCUCCAAUUAGAAGACAGCUAACUUUGCAUCCUGGGAAGAGCAAUGCUGCUUGUCAAACAGUACUGUCUUUGCCAGUGGAUUUUAAUUUAGAGAAAAUACUAGGUGAAUAUUUUAGAACUGAUGAAUUUGCAGAUCAGUCUCAGGAAAAUCUGAGCUCUUCAUCACUCAGAAGAAAGCUGUUUUUAGAAGAAAAUGGAAGUGUAUCUGAGUGUUUGUCCCCUUCUCUGCAUAGUCCAUGCAGUAGUCAGCCACUUGAAGUGCUUUGUUCAAUAGAUAUAUCUCCAGUACGGUGCAGAAGCCCUCUGGAAACAUCUAGUUCAGGUCAGUUUUCAUCAAGUCCUAUUCAAGGAGGAACAAGGGCUUAUAGUCUGGGAAGUAUUACCAGUCCCACAUUUCCAGAGGGGUCUCCGGCACAUAAUGGUUCUCCUACUUUUUCACCAAUUGCUUUUCACAUCAGAAAGACACCACUGUCAGACCAAAGAAAAUUUACAUUUCGUUCUCCAGAUAUUCCUUCUUCCUCAAGUAGAAUGACACCCCCAAGUACAAGAAGUCCUUAUAUAGAUGGUUGUUCUCCAAUUAAAAAUUGUUCUCCUAUGAGGCUUGGAGCUUGUAGAGGAACUGCCCAGUAUCAAACUUCUGUCAUUAGAAUACCAAUUGCAGUUGAGAACCACGGUGUGGAUGAAGAAGACAAGGAAAAUGCUUCUCCAGCAGAAGCUCGGUUCCCAGAACUGGAUAAUGGAAUAAACUUAUGUCAGCAAGACGGUGAUACUUUUGCACAUGGUACACAUCUUGUGGUAGCAACUGUGUCUAUUGCACCAGAUCACUCAGAAGCUUGUCGUCAAAGGUUGUCAUCAUUUCAGGAUAUAGAAGGCUCAAAGGAAAAUAAUACCGUAGAUAUGGCUGAUGCAGCUGAAGUGUCAGAGGAAAACGCUUGGAUAAAAGAAACAAUUGGCAAUAGCAAUGCACCAAUGACCAGCUUUAUGACGGGGAUUACUUUCAGUAUUGAAAACUCUCGCAUGUGCAUGUCACCUCUUGCAGAAAGCAGCGCAAUUCCUUGUGACAACAGUAGUAUUCAGGUGGACAGUGGUUAUAAUACACAGACUUGUGGAAGCAGCAUUAUGGAUACUGCGGGGGCUGAAAACAGUUGCAGAGAAAAUGAUGUGAAUACUAACGUGUUUCAGAAUAAAUCUCAUCUCCUUAGAACAAAGGAGUGUACUGUUUUAAACCAUAAGGACAAUCAGUUGCUGAGAGCAAAAUCUCCAGAGAAGCAAUCCUGUUUCCAAAAAGCAAAACCACACAGUACAGUAUUUGGUCAAAAUACAACUUGUAACAUUUCUGCCUGGAAACAUAAAAAUGAAAAUCAAGUUCAGGGUUUUCACAAAAAUGAUUCCACGAGGAGCCUUGUUUCGAAAGUUUGGACAUAACUUUAGCUUCAAGAGGAGUAUUUCAGAUGGAGUGGGCAAACCUAGGGUAACUUGCAUAGCGGCCAAUGUCACUGCAAAAACACCUACAUUUUAAGACACAACUUCUGAAGGCAUGAGGGAAUUUUUUCCAUGGAGGAGAGAAAAAGGAAAGGAGUAUUAGUUUUGAUUUGGAUUGCUUUUCCCCUGAUCAGAUUUAUCGUGUGGCUUCAGGAAUACUAGCACUGGUACCAAGACAGUGUCACUGGACAGAAAUGAACUGCUGGGGGUGUGAUAAGAGCAGGGCUGGGGUCACAGGAGAGGGGUGAGUGUCUGUGGGUAUCGGUCUGAAGUAACAGGGAUGAAACUCAGCUGUGACUUUCAUGAGGGAAGAAUAAAACUAGUGUUCCAGAAAUGGGUCCCUGGAAUAUGUAUAUGAUUUAGAGUAGACUGCAAACUGUUAAAAAUGGGUGCUUUGAUUUUAAUACCAGGCUAGUCCUUUUAAUUAAGUUUUCCUCAUGAACAGGUGCAUGGAAACUCCAUUCUAGUUACGGAAAUAACGCACUUUUCCACAACUUAAAGUUUAAUUUGCUUAGUAAUAAAAUAAGCUUUACGUCAAAAGAAGUCUUUUAGCAAUUCUUUGAACAGUUUUUUCCUUGGUUUGACAGAGAACUGUGUAUCUGUCAGUUAGCUUUACCAUGUACUUAAGUAAAAUGUACUAUUGGUUACUUUAAAAUCAAAUGAUAGUGUUGUUACUUUAGUAAUUGUAUUAGUACUAAUCUUGAAGUUGAUCACCUGACUCCACCAGUGUCCCCUAAGAACACUUGUGUCCAAAUUGAUGCUCCAGUACCCUUCUGAAGGAACAUAAGAAGGUGCAAUAAGGUUAAUUGGUCUCAGUACAUCAUUAAGACAAUGGUGCAGCUUUCCUUCUAUUAAAGUAAACCAUUACACUUUUACUUCCCUCUUAUGCUUAAUUCCCAAUAUUAUUAUGUUGCUUACAGAAAUUGCCAAAAUAUUUAGAUAAACGUUUAGAAAAAUAAUUAACUUUUUGCAUGCCUCUUACUGCAAAAAGUAUUAAUAUAAACAAACUCUUGAUACUUUCAAGAAAAACAUCAAUGAGCAAAAGUAAUGGAAUGAGGAGGGUCUGGAAGCCCAGAACUCCCUUUGCCUAAUCAAAUCUGAUUUGGUUGAAUUCAAUUGGAUUUUAAAAGAACCUUCUGGAAUUUAUAAAUGUGAAUGGGGAAAAAAAUCCAUAUGGUGAUCUUCUAGUGACUAAGAGGGGAAGAAGAGAUAAGGGAAAUACUGAGAUUUCUGGGCUCUGUUUGUCGAGCUCUGAAGUAAACUGUGUUGGAUUAAUCAAAAAGGAAAGUCCAUUCUGGUACGUGCCCCAGGUGAAGUAGUCUUUCUCUGUUCAUAGCAAGGAUAUCCAGUCCCAGGAUACUGGAUGGAUGUUCUGCUUCCCACUCUGUUCCACAACCCACAGGAAAGAUUGUACCAAAGCGACAGACUGUGGGUGAUGAGUAGCUCUUGGCACACUAAGCCUCCAACAGUUGGUCACACCUAAAUUCAAAGGCAACUGACAACACUUUUUAAAAAUCUGAAAAGGGGAGGUGUGAACAGAAUUGCACAGCAUGAAAAAGCAAUGCAUUAAACCUGAGACUUGUGUGCAAGAUUUUUGUAAGGUUCUAAAAGUUAUUUAUGGCCUUGCAUCUUUUCUGUUUCUCAUGAUACUUCUUUUUAACAAUAAUCAAUUGAAAGGGUGAAUUUCAGAUUCCUGGACUGUACAAAGGAUUUAUUUUUGCAAGUGUGAUUACUAAAAAUACUAGUAAUGUUAAUGUAAAGGGGAAGAUGAAAAGCAGGGCGGUCCAAAUUAUGAUCUGUUUCUGAACUGUUUGGCAUGAUAUGUAUAAUUAAGAUUUGGUUUUAUUAAUUAAAACUUUUGAUUCUUUAUAAUGAUAUGUUCAAUGAUCAGACCCUGUGUGAGUAUUUUCUUAAAGGUAAGGGAAAAGUAACAUCAGAAAUGGGUGAAUGUGAGAAGUAAUUAAGGAUCCCCACUCAAAUAAAUUGCCUGUAUUUUCUGUCCCAUUUUUAUAGUCUUCAGUUAGAUGGGAAUUAUUUAUUUUAUGAAAAGGUGCCUAUUUCUUAUUAUGUUUGUAUAAUUGUUUUGUAGAAGAAACCUACUGUGCAAAUUACCAUGGAAAUCAUUUGACCAUUCUGUUUCUCUAGUUGUACUUAAUGCAUUGGUUGGUACAUGUUGCAAGAAAUGGUCAUUGUUUACAUUAAUUUUGGUAGUUUUAACGAGGGUCAUUUAACAUGCAUAAUUGUAAAUUGAGUAGUGAAAUAGAAUAAAGACAUCUCUUUCAUACCUA